CCUCACCCUGACAGGCAUUCCGGGCUACAGUUUGUUGUCCUGUAGCUGUGUCCCACCGUGCAGACUCUAUCACCAGUUCUACGUGCUGUUUCUGUGGAGAUCUGGCAUGAGACACUGCCAUGGUCCUUGGAGCUGCUCUUCCUGGACUUGUGUUUUUAAUGGUACAGAAGACCUGGGCACAGUCUGGGCCACCACCCCAGCCUUCCAUCUGGGCUGUUCCAGGAGCUGUGGUUCCCAAAGGCAGUGAUGUGACCAUCUUCUGCAGGAUCCCUCCAGGAGUGACCAGUGUGCGUCUAACCCGUCUUGUACGCGUUGUUGAGGGGCAUGAUGUUACCCCGCAGGGAGCCCAGGAGGUGUUUGAAUUCAGUCUGAAGAAUAUAACACACAACAAUGCUGGGAUUUACUUCUGUGAAUACUUUAGGAGAGGUGAAUGGUCACGAAGUAGUGACAAUCUGGAGCUGGUGGUGACAGGCAUUUACAAUGAGAAGCCAUUCCUUGUUGCUGAUGUAGGACCUCAGGAAAUCUCAGAAAGAAAUGUGACUCUCCUCUGUCACACACAUCCUUCCUUUGGCAUCUUCAUCCUCUGCAGAGGUGGAAGUGCCUCCUUUCCUCAGAGCUGCUCACGUCAGGACCACAGCACAUUUCUCAUCUCCCCUGUGAGCCCUGGGAACAAGAGGACCUACAGAUGCUUUGGCUCUCACAAACACAGUUCCUACUUGUGGUCACUGCCUAGUGAUCCGCUUGAGUUUUCAAUCCCAGAGUCAAAUUACAGAUUAGAGAAUUACAUCCGGCUCAUCCUGGCUAUCAUCAUCCUGUUAUGUCUCGGGGUUCUAUUGCUGGAUGCUUGGAGCAGCGGAGAGAACAUUGCCAUGGUCCUUGGAGCUGCUUUUCUUGGACUUGUGUUUUUAAUGGUUCAGAAGAUCUGGGCGCAGCAUGGGCCACCACCCCAGCCUUCCAUCUGGGUCAUUCCAGGAGCUGUGGUUUCCACAGGCUGUGAUGUGACCAUCUUCUGCAGAACCCUUCCAGGAGUGACCACUGUGCGUCUAGCCCGUCUUGCACCCAGUACUGUGUGGUAUGAUGGUACCCCACAGGGAGCCCAGGAGGUGUUUGAAUUCAGUCUGAAGAAUAUAACACAGAGUAAUGCUGGGGUUUACUUCUGUGCAUACUUUAAUGGAAGUCAAUGGUCACUAAAUAGUAACAAUCUGGAACUGGUGAUGACAGGUGUUUACAAUGAGAAGCCAUUCCUUACUGCUGAUUCAGGACCUCAGGAAAUCUCAGAAAGAAAUAUGACUCUCCUCUGUCACACGCAUAUUUCCUUUGACAUCUUCAUCCUCUGCAGAAGUGGAAAUGCCUCCUUUCCCCAGAGCUGCUCACGUCAGGACCAUAGCACAUUCCUCAUCUCCCCUGUGAGCCCUGGGAACAAGAGGACCUACAGAUGCUUUGGCUCUCACAAACAAACUUCCUACUUGUGGUCCCUGCCUAGUGAUCCACUGGAGUUUUCAAUUCCAAAAUCUUCUAUAUCAGAUUGCAGUUUAGAGAAUCACGUCCGGCUCAUCCUGGCUAUCAUCAUCCUGUUAGGUCUUGGGGUUCUAUUGCUGGAUGCUUGCAACAGCAGAGAGAACACUGCCAUGGUCCUUGGAGCUGCUCUUCCUGGAAUUGUGUUUUUAAUGGUGCAGAAGACCUGGGCACAGUAUGGGCCACCACCCCAGCCUUCCAUCUGGGCUGUUCCAGGAGCUGUGGUUUCCAAAGGCAGUGAUGUGACCAUCUUCUGCAGGAUCCCUCCAGGAGUGACCAGUGUGCGUCUAACCCGUCUUGCACCCGUUGUUGAGGGGCAUGAUGUUACCCCGCAGGGAGCCCAGGAGGUGUUUGAAUUCAGUCUGAAGAAUAUAACACACAGCAAUGCUGGGGUUUAUUGCUGUGAAUACUUUAGGAGAGGUGAAUGGUCACGAAGUAGUGACAAUCUGGAGCUGGUGGUGACAGGUGUUUACAAUGAGAAGCCAUUCCUUACUGCUGAUUCAGGACCUCAGGGAAUCUCAGAAAGAAAUGUGACUCUCCUCUGUCACACACGUCCUUCCUUUGGCAUCUUCAUCCUCUGCAGAGGUGGAAGUGCCUCCUUUCCUCAGAGCUGCUCACGUCAGGACCACAGCACAUUUCUCAUCUCCCCUGUGAGCCCUGGGAACAAGAGGACCUACAGAUGCUUUGGCUCUCACAAACACAGCUCCUACUUGUGGUCACUGCCUAGUGAUCCACUUGAGUUUUCAAUUCCACCUCCAUCCAGUCACAUUGUGGUUUGGGCCUCAAUUGCUGCUGUCUGCUUCCUCCUCUUCCUCCUCCUCUUCAUUUGCCUCUACUGGCUUUGUGCCAAACACAGGGCCACUAAUGGUGAGAACAGGAGGCAAGUGAAAUAUAAGAGGGCCAGCCCAGCCAUGGACAUGGAGGAAAAACAUAAAUACGGUGACUUGGAGGGCAUUCUGCCUGAGGACUGUAGGAAGGUGGACACACAGGUGUCUGCAGCAGAAGGCACACAGGAGGUGACUUACGCCCAUCUGUGCCAAGAGGUCUUGACAGAGAACAUGAAACCACUUCCCUCCAGUACCAUUCAGGACACAUCUACACAGACCUGUGUGUAUGCCAGCCUCACGUUAUCCCAACAGGAGAGUCAGAGCUAG